AUGGUUAAUUGUUGUUUCAUGCCAGGGUGUAAUACUGGUUAUGCUUUAGAUGUCGAACAUAAAAAAAAAAUUGGAUUAAAAAAUAAAAGUUUGCUUAAAGCACCCAAAAACACAGAGCUUUUAGCAAGAUGGCAUAGAGCUAUACCUAGGAAAGACAAAAUGCUCACAGAAAAGUGUUAUGUGUGUGAAGUGCAUUUCAAAGAGAAUGAUAUUCUAAUUUAUGAUGAGACUAUCUUAAAUGAUGGAACAGUCAAUAAAAUUAAAAGAAUUAGACCCACAUUAAAAGCUGGAGCAGUUCCAUCUAUAUUUCCGAACUUACCAUUUUAUUUAACAGAGCAUACAAUUAAGAGAAAACCUCCUCUCGAAAGGUCUAUAAAUAGUGAUAAAAAGAAAUUUAAACCAAGUCAGGCAUAUUUAAAUACAAUUGAAAAUUCCCAAGAAGAAUUUUCAUUUCAGUAUUUAAAAGAAAAUCUGAAUCUAUUAGAAAAACCAGACAAUAAAUGGAUGUUUGGAUUAACUGAUGAUGAAGUAGUGCUUGCAAUAUGGAAUAGUGGAUCUGAAAAAAGAAUAAUAAUUUCAAAUGAUUUAAUAGUAAAAGUAAGCAAUUAUUUGGUCAAAAGUAAAAUAAAAAACUGUUUAAACCUAUAA